CUCACCAUGCUAAAAUCAGCCUGCAAUCUCCAGUAGCCCCGUUGCCCUGGUCUUCUGUGGGGUCUCUGAGCAGUGGCCAGGGAUGGUGGCCAGAUCAAAGCUGAUCACCUAGGGAUAAAAUUCAGCUUCUGCGUACACCCUCUCUCUCCCUACCCCUUCCUUGGGGCCACAACCUAGCCCAUUCUCACCACACAGGCACACCCACUGGGGUAGGAUUCAGCUACAAAGCCAAUAGUGGUCUUGCAGGAGGAGCACCUGAGCCUGUGUAGCCCCAACCUGCUGAAAGGCCCCAGGGCAAGCCUGCUGCCAAAGGCUCCAGCAAGGGGCAGGUAUCUAGGCUUCCAUAGAGCAGCAGGCAUGGCGCACCACCACGAUUACAGUGACCACUUCUACUCUCACAUGGACGACUAUGGAGAGGACAGCAGCCCCCGCCCUGAACAGGGGGCAGCAGCUGAAGUGGGGGGCAGCUUCUGUGAAGGAGCCCUGAGCCUGGACCACAGUGAGAACCUUGAAAACAACCAGGCCCAGGGGGGGCACGUGAGCCCUUACGAAAACCUGGAUCCAGAAGAUGACCUCAACAACCAGGAGCCCAUGGAGGUGGACCCAGAUGAGCCAGCCCUGGAGAUGCCUGAGGUUCGAAGGAGACGGCCCAGCAGGCCCCGCAAUCAGUUCCACUUCACACACUGGCAGGUGCGGGAAAUGGAGACUGUUUUCCAAGAAACCCAGUACCCGGAUGUACUUACAAGGUAGGUGCUGGCU